ACGUUGUGGCGCUGCUCCUAGGCACACCUGAUGGGCGGGCAAGUCACCGGCUUGCCGCCGUCCGGUCGAGAGGCGCGACUUUUGCAGGCACCUCUGGUCGGACCUUCUCAGACUUCAAAUCCUGUGCAGCAGCCUCAGGUAGCAGUCCGACAUUCCAGAUCAACUUCCCGAGCCGAUCGGCAGCGUUAUCGGGCGCACCGUAACCUAUGUAUCCAAGGUGAUUUUGAUUUCAAACGUUCAAGGGUUAGGCGUCCAUACGACGAUGGACACGCGGAGGCCGAGCCGUGACACAGCGGGCGCAUCAUGUCCGCAGGCGCGCCGAACCGCCCCUCCCGCGCCUUCCCUGUUCUAUCCAUCGAACGUCACGCCCGCCGCCCGCAGUGUCUCGCUAUGUCCACCGCCCAAACCGCAAACCGCCCGGGACCGGGCUUUGGAGACCGAUCCUGGCCACUAUCGGUUUCGGACGCGACACCAUAAAGGGUCGAUGCGCUACUCAACUCGGAUUCGGCACGGGACUCAACCGCUGCUUCGGGCGCAGACGCUGAUGGC